GCCCCCUGGCUGGGGGGAGCCGGGCUCGCGCCUUUCUCUGCUUCUCCUUUCGCCUCCUUCUGCUUCUUGUUUCGUCUCAGCGCGAACUUCCUGAGCGGGGCGAGCCCGGCCCAGCCCAGCCCAGCCCGGCCCAGCGCUCACCCCCGGCGCCCCGAGUCCCGGGGAGGGGCGUGCGGGAUCCAGGAAGCGCAGACACGGCCGGCCGACAGGCGCUGGCAGCCUGGCACGGCUCCCUCGGCCCCUCGUUCGCAUUCGCCGGAGUUUUCCCUUCUCUCCCUGUCGGACUCGGACACGGGAACCGAGUUGGAACUGAUCUGCCCGGCGUCUGGCCCGGGGGCAGAGAGCGGGACCGGGGCGACACCGGGGGUGAGAGCCAAGCGCCCCCCGGGAUCGGGGUGUCCGGGCCGGGGGGGGGAGACAAGAACCCCCCUGGUGUCGGGGGGGAGCCCAGUCCCCCAGAGCUCGGGGUGUCCGGUGGGAACCCAGCCCCCCAGGGAUCGGGUGUCUGGGGGGAGCCCAGUCCCCCUCAGGUGUCGGGGCGGAGCCCAACCUCUCAAAGAUCGGGGUGUCCGGGGGGAGCCCAGCCCCCCUAGGGAUCGGGGUGUCCGGGGGGUAAGCCAAGCCACCCGUGAUUUUUCGGGGAGCCCCGUUGGCUCGGUGCCCGCAUCCAAGCCGUCGCCGCUCGGGUGUCGUUUUCCGGCAGCCUCGGGGUCUGGGACGAUGGGCAUCGCGGGGCAUCGACCGGGGCCGCGGGGGCAGCCGUGACCUGAGAGGCGCCUGGUCCGGCUCGGCGGGGGGCUGCUCCGCGGGAUCCCCUACGAGCCGCGAUGAGCUCCGCGUGGAAGAGACUCCAGCGCGUGGGAAAACGCGCCUCCAAGUUUCAGUUCGUGGCCUGUUACCAGGAGCUGAUGGUGGAGUGCACCAAGAAAUGGCAGCCAGACAAGCUGAUUGUGGUUUGGACCAGGAGGAACCGACGCGUCUGCUCCAAGGCUCACAGUUGGCAGCCGGGGAUCAAGAAUCCGUAUCGGGGGAUGGUUGUGUGGAUGGUGCCGGAGAACGUGGAUAUAAUGGUGACGCUGUACCGGGACCCCCACGUGGAGGAGUAUGAAGACAAGGAAUGGACCUUUGUGAUUGAGAACGAGUCCAAGGGGCAGCGGAAGGUGCUGGCCUCGGCCGAUGUUAACCUGCAGCGCUUUGCCCGCCCCACACCUGCCCAGGCCGAGCUGAAGCUGAAGCUGAAGCCGCGCUCGGUCAAGGUGGUGGCUGCCACGCUGCAGCUCACACUGUCCUGUGUCUUCCUGCGUGAGGGCAAAGCCACGGACGAGGACAUGCAAAGCCUGGCCAGCCUCAUGAGCGUCAAACCCAGCGACAUCGGCAACCUGGAUGACUUCGCCGAAAGCGACGAGGAUGACGAGGCAGCCAGGAGGGCGCGGCAAGAGGAUGGGAGCAGCCAGGGCACAGCGCCAACAGGUUUCAUUCAGACCAUAUUGCUGGGCUAUUUCACAGACACAUCGCGAGAGCUCAACACUCUUGCUGAGGAAGAGGAGAAUCCCUCGGCCCCCGGGACCAGCAGGGCAGCAGCUGGGAGAGCAACCCCCUGUGGGACACCCCGAGAGGCAGGCUCUGCCAAGGAGGAAACUGUCCGAGUGGCUGACACCCCAGAUGCCCCCCUGAGGGACACCCCCCUCCCAGCCCUGGAGCUGGUCCUACAGGGAGCAGCACCCUCCCCUCCCCCAGAGUUGAUGGGGCCCCCCCCAGUAAGUGGUGCAGGCCAGGCCGGGAGGGCUGGGCAGAACAUGGCAGCCGGUGGGAACCCAAUGGGAGCUGCAGGGGCUGUGGAACCAGGCGCUAAGGGGGAGACGGGGGCCCAAGUCCCGAAUCAGGCCCACAAGCCAGGCACAGGCCCCUCGCAGGAGACGGGACGACGUGGUGGCAACCCCAGGGUUGAAGAGGAGGAGAAAGCAGCAGCCUUGAUGAAGCGGCAGGCAUCAGGGAGUGACACCAAGGGCAGGCCCAGUGACAUCUGGAUGCCCCGGGCGGAGAGCCCUGUCCCUGCCCCACGGCAUAAGAAACCCCUCCUGCCGGAACCCGCUGCGCCCACAGCUCCACCCCCCGAGGUACCCUCCAUCCAGAGACGCCGAUGGGAAGGUGCCAAACCGCCUCCUUCCCAGCUCAAAUUGGGAGCAGCAAAGUCAGAGCAGGGCCCUCGGCCCGCAGCCUCUCUGCCUGUGCCAGCGGUGCCUGCCAGGGCCCGGCUAGCCCGGCCUAGGUCAGCAGAACUGCCAGCCCGGCCGAAGCCACUGCCCCGGCCCCGGAGGGACAGGCGGGCCCGUUCGGCGUCUCCGGGCAUCUCUGUAGUGAUGUACCUCGAUGAGGAUGCACCAGGACCUGCCGUUGUUGCUGGGGAGGGCAUCGGCCUGCCCAGGAGCGGCUUGGGGGCGGGUGUGCCCUCGGCCGCUGCGCUGCUGGCCUUGUCGUCUGUGGUGGGGCUGCCCCCGGUGCCGUGGGGCAGGCAGGGAGAGAAGGCAGCGACAGCAGCAGAUGCUACUGGUUGGCCAAGCAUCGGGGGUGCUGUUGCUACUGUGGUGGUGCCCCUCAAAGAGGAAUGGGGCAGGGCGACAGGAGAGGGUCCCAGGGGGGCAUCCCAUCUGGAGAGGCUGACAUCAGAUGGGGCAGCCGCGAAGGAUGCUGGGGGAGCUGCUGUGCGGGGGCGGGGAGGAGAUGCAGCCUUUCUGGUGGGCCCACCCAAGCCGUGGAGGUAUCGGUCAGAAGAUGUGGUUGGAGAGGGUGCCAGGGGGGCAACCAGAGAGGUGAUGGAGGCGAUCCCAGGCCAGUUGGAGAGGGGCAGGCUGGAGGAGCCAGCGGAACGGGAGAACCGCAGGGCAGACAGGAAAGCGCGUGGGGGCGCUGCUCAGAGCGUAGCGGAAGUUGUGCCCUUGCUGGAGAGGCACAGAACAGAGCUGGUGGCACAGGAGGAUUCUGGGCGAGGAUUCUGGCCAAGCCCAGCACCAGACCCGGCUCCCUCAGCGACGCCCCCCAAGCUGGAGCAGCGCAGGCCAGCAGGAGAGAGACCUAGGGCAGCAUCCCAGCCAGAGAGGCCAGGAGCAGAAAGGGCAGCUUGGAAGGACGCUGCGGGGGCUGCUGUGCAGGGGGGGGCAGGCAAUGCAUCCUCUCUGAUGGCCCCCCCCAAGCCAUGGAGGUGUCGGUCGGAGGACGUGAUGGGACAGGGUGCUGGGGAGGUGCCCAGCAGUGUGAUGAAGGCAGGAGCAGGAGAUGGACUGUGGCGGGCAAUCCCAGCCUGGCCAGAGUGGGGCAGACUGGAAGGGGCAGGGGGAGAGGCAGCUGGCAAGCCAGGUGGCGGUGCGGUGCACUCAGUAACAGCGGAUACCCUGCCUGUGGAGGCCCCAGCCCGGCUGGAGAGAGGCAGGCUGGAGGAGGCAGGGGGAGAUGCGGCCGGCAGGCCAUGCGAAGAUGCGGCAGGGGGAGAGGUGGCCGGAGAUCUGGCAGGGGGAGAGGUGGCCGGCAGGCCGUGCGGAGGUGCGGCAGGGGGAGAGGUGGCCGGAGGUCUGGCAGGGGGAGAGGCGGCCAGCAGGCCGUGCGGAGGUGCAGCAGGGGGAGAGGUGGCCAGAGGUCUGGCAGGGGGAGAGGCGGCCAGCAGGCCGUGCGGAGGUGCGGCAGGGGGAGAGGUGGCCGGAGGUCUGUCAGGGGGAGAGGUGGCCGGCAGGCCGUGCGGAGGUGAGGUGCUGUCAGUAGUAGCAGACGCCCCAUCUCUGGAGGCUCCUGCCCAGCUGGAGGGUGCCACGGAGAGCCUGGGAGCCGACGGUACAGUGCCCGGGGGUGCCACCCCCAGCACACCUGAGCCCCUGCUGGAGAGGGCUGGGCCGGAGGAGGCAGCGGGCUCCAGAGAGCGUGGUGGGGCUGUGGGCUCCCUGCCCAGCAAGGAGGAUGCCAGUGGGACAGGGCUCCCUCUGGAGAAGCAGUCAGGGCUCUGCACAGACCAGCUGGCCACCUGCACCGCCCCAGGAAGGAGCAGCAGACAGGUUGCAGCCCUCGCACUGAUGCCCCCCCAGGAUGCGCCCAUCCUGGGCACCCCGUCCCCCUUCACUGAGCCUUACGUCUCACAGUGCCGCUUCACCCUGAGCCUCCCGCCCACCCACCCUGCCCGGGAGAGGAGUGCCAGCCCAUCAUCCAACGAGGGGACCCAGGCGUCCGGGCGGGAGCCGUCUCCCCCGCCCUGCGGCGCUGUCCAGGAUAGCAUAGGGCAGGAGGCGGCCCAGGAGGAGCCCCCAGCAACCAGCCCAGGCCUGGUCAGCUGCAGCCAGUCGCUGCUGGAAUGGUGCCAGAAUGUCACGGCUGGCUACCGGGGUGUCCUGGUCACUAACUUCACCACCUCCUGGCGCAACGGGCUGGCGUUCUGUGCCAUCCUGCACCACUUCCACCCAGAGAAAAUCAAUUAUGAGACCCUGGACCCUCUCGCUAUCAAAGAGAAUAACAAACUGGCCUACGACGGCUUUGCCUCCCUGGGCAUCUCGCGGGUGCUGGAGCCGGCCGACAUGGUGUUCCUGACUGUGCCUGACAAGCUCAUUGUCAUGACCUACCUGUGCCAAAUCCGGGCCUUCUUCACGGGCCAGGAGCUGAACGUGGUGCAGAUCGCCAACCACAGCAGCCAGAGCACCUACAAGGUGGGCAAGUUCGACUCGGACCCCACCUUCUCCAUUGACCCCGCCCGCUUCUAUGCCGAGCGCUUCCAAGGUGCCGCAAGGGGACCUGAGGAGCCUGGGAGCACUGCCCCUGCUGCAAGGGAUGAUGGGAAGGCAGCAGCCAAUAAAAUUGUGACAGGAGGAGCUGAAUUGGCCAAGAAACUGGAGGCAGAACGCACUGCCCUAAAGGAUGCUGGGACUGAUGCCAAGACAGGUGAUGCAAAGGAUGCUGGGAAAGUGACUGUAAAUGGUGCCAUAUCCCAAACAGCUGUGCAAUCAGAGGUGGAGCCCUCUGUCACAAAGGAUGCUGGGAAGGUGCCAAUCAAUGGUGCGACAACCAAGCCAGCCAUGAGUCCAGAGGCAGAGACACCCACCCCAAAGGAUGGAGGGAGCAAAGCCGCAAAGGAUGCUGGGAAAGCAUUGGUCAAUGGUGCAAUGUCCCAAUCGGCCAAGAAACCAGAGGCAGAGCCUCUUGCCCCAGAGGAUGCUGGGAAGGUGCCAGCCAAUGGUGACGAGAAGCUGGUGCCCCCUCCACGGCUGAAGCGUCAGUCUGUACGGAACGGGGAGGCACCGGACCAGGCCGAGCGAUCCCUGCAGCGCUCGCUGUCCACUGGCAGCCAGGGCCCUGUGGCCCCACCACGCUCCCAUGGCAGCAAGUCGGGCUUCUCCCACGUGCGUGAUGCAGACCUGCUCAAGAAGCGGCGCUCGCGGCUCAAGAGCGAGUCACUGUCGAUGGAUGAGGGGGAGGCAGGCAGCCCCCCAGGGGAGACACCACGGAGGAGGCCUGAUUGGCUAGGAACGGAUGACCGUGAAGGCAUGAUGACCCCCAAGGCAGGACCCCCUGCCUCCGCCAGGACUCAGCAGCCCCCAGAGAUAGCCCCCUCCUCCAGUGCUAGCACCCAGGAGCCGUCCCGGGAUCCCAGCAAGGAAACCAGCACCGCAGAGGAGGAGGUUCCGCGGUUCCAAGACACCAGCCAGUACGUGGUGGCCGAGCUGCAGGCGCUGGAGAAUGAGCAGAAGCAGAUUGACGCCCGGGCAGCCGUGGUGGAGAAGGAUCUGCGCUUCCUCAUGGAGUCAGGCACAAACCGGGCCCAGGAGGAGGAGCUGAUCCAGGAGUGGUUCACACUGGUCAAUAAGAAGAAUGCACUGAUCCGGCGCCAGGACCAGCUGCAGCUGCUGAUGGAAGAACAGGACCUGGAAAGACGAUUUGAGCUACUGAGCCGGGAGUUGAGAGCCAUGUUAGCUACUGAAGACUGUCUCAAGACAGAAGCCCAGCAGAGGCGGGAGCAGCUCCUAUUGGAGGAACUGGUGUCGCUGGUGAACCAGCGGGAUGAGCUGGUGCGAGACCUGGACAUCAAGGAGAGAAUAGCCUUGGAGGAAGAUGCCAGGCUGCAGCGGGGCCUGGAACUGCGACGGCGCAAAUACAGCCGCAAAGAUAAGUGCCGCAUUAGCUAAGAGGCAAAUGGCCACUCCACAGUCCUUGUCAGUGUUCUGUGGCUGGGAUACUACCCAGGAUGCCUGCCUGCCUCUUAAAGGGCUCCAAGGUUUGCCUGCUGCUGCUGUUACCUCAGUGCCUCACUGUAUUGCCCCUUGUACAUUUUGCUGGUUUCCCUUCCAGUCUGGCCCCGCUCUAGGACAGAUGCAGUUUCCCAGCCUUCUCUAAUGAAUACCAAGGGGAGCACAGGGAGCCUGGCUGUCCCCUAUGGCAGAGGGAAACAGUCUGCUGGGGGCAGGGUGGGGCUAUUUAUUUUUGUGUGUGUGAGAGACUUUGUUCAGCUGGGUGUCCCUUCCCCGCCCUGUCAGCUGCCAUUUCACAGCCAAGUUGUCGGGGUUUUAUCAUGGUACAAAAAGUUGAUGUGGGUUUAGGGAGGGCAGAGAACAGACGUGCCUUGACAGUGCCAUCCAGCCAUGUAUUGUAAUGGCAAGUUUCAAUUCCUUGUUCCCUGGGUAUUUGCACUAAUUUGUAACUGUUUGAAAUAUGAAAUAAAGAGAUGUGAAAGCAAACUCAUA